AUGGAGUCGGACGAGGAACCGCCGGCGGCUGUCGCGAACACCUCUUCGACGACGGUGGUUCGCGGCAUGUCGUCGACAGUGCUCCCUCACCUACUACUGGCCUCGGCGAUGGGGUGCUGCCGAGAGUCGGACUCGCUGGCGGAGCUCUGCGCGCGCCUGAGGCGUAGGUACGAGGCCUUGUCGACGCUUCCACCACAGGUACCACCGGUAGUUUGCUUCUACGUGGGCGGCAAGCGCUUCGCCGUGUCCCGCUCGCUGUUAGAGAAGGACCCUGGCUCGCUGUUGUUCUCCCUCGCAACGCAGCACUAUUGCAGCGCCUCGUCUGCCAAGGGGUCUUCAGACGCACGUCUUCGUGGAUGCAAGCGCUAUCGUGAUGGCAACGACGUGAUGGUGUCUGACGCCAUCAUCGCAAUCCCGGGAAGAAACGCGCGGCUCUUUGGCAUGCUUCUCAACCUGCUGCGUGGGUACAGGAAUGCCAUCCCAGAGGACUGGAUGGACUCGUGUCGUGAGGAGGCCGUGUAUUACGGCCUGUCAGGCUCGUGGAACACGCGGUUCCACAUCACAUCAUCGAAGUACUACUUUCGCAAUUCCUUGCACAACUCGAAACUUGUCUCCGAUGCUGUGCUUGGUGUUGCGAGUGACUUUUUCAGCACAGGUCAGCACCACAUCGACUUCAGCGUCUCCCAGUGUGAUCGCGUGGCUGUUGGGAUGAUCAGCUCAAAUGUCAAUGCUGCGGAGGAGCUGGCCGCGCCGUUGCAGGAGGGCAACAACGGUGCGUUCUAUUGGAACGACGGAAAGCUCUCCUUCUACCUUGGAGAGUCACGGGUGGUCGAGACGGGGCUACCGUUCCCUGCCGGCGCGAUCAUCCGAAUCAUCUUUGAUGCUGAGGAGCGCAUUGUCCGCUGGAUUGUUAACGGGGAGUACUGUGUAGCGAUGGAGCGCCUGCCAGCAGGGCGCCAGUAUGCCUUUGGCUCCAUUGCCGCCCGGGGCUCUCAGGUGACCAUCGUGGCGACAUAA